CAAAGCUUUAUCCCCGGACUUCCUUUAUCCCCUCGUGCGAGGCCAUCCGUCAAGGGAAGGAGAGAUACCCACCACCACGGGACGACCCAGAUAUGUCAACAACAGAGACUUCUUCGAGCUCGAUCAGGUUCUCUGGGGAACGAAGUCAACACUGAACUCUGCAUCGACAUAAUCUUCAACAACUAAGGGACUGAGAUGAAUCAGAUGCAAGAGGAUUCGUUUGCGACGAGCGCAUUCACGAUGGGGUCGGACGACGCGGUGAGGUAUAGCCAGAGACAACCUUUAACCUGUUACGAGUGUUCCAGACGCAAACAGAGGUGCGACAAGAACAUUCCCUGUCAGAAUUGUGUCAAGAGGGGAAAGGGAGAUAGCUGUCAUGUGGAAGAAACGGUCAAACGCCCGCCCGCACAGAGGAAGCGCACCCGGACCUACGCCUCCACAAACACGGUGGACGGCCUCAACCGCCGAGUCGCUCAUCUGGAAGACCAGCUCGCCUCGGUCGUCUCCCAGCUGAACCACGGAGAAGUCCAGGGGGUCAAGCUGAUCUCGCCGAAAGAUUACAAACCUCUGAACAUCUUCGGCGUCGGGGGCUCGAGGAAGGAUUCUUCGGAAGGGGUCUUUGAGGAAGGUGAGGAGGGGAGCGAGGUGGGGGAUAGUGACGAUGAUACGCUGGAUCAGGAGGCGGACGCUGCGGCUACUCUGGAAUUUCUGGCACUCGGCAGGUCACGAGCGAAAUCUCCUGGUGGCAACGAGGACGAUUUCACUUCCAACUCUCGUCAACAGACUCUCCCGGUCUCACCCUUCAGCUUCAACGCAAGGGAUUUAGGAGUGGGAUCAAGUAACAACGUCAAUACCAACAACAACGGUCUGGCCCUCAACCUCAACCUGAAUCACCAUCACAACGCUCAACCUCGAGUCAAAGUUAAAUUCGACUACAAGGCGUUGAUGAGACAGAGCGUGGUAGAGUUGUUGCCACCAGAAGGCUUGGCUAGGCAGCUGGUCACGUUUGACGUGGAAUGCGUUUCCUGGUUUCAUUGCUGCUAUCACGGUCCUUCCAUUCUGAACGACUGCGAAGCUUUCUGGAAGGACGGCAUGUCGGGCGAGGUCGAACUGAAUUGGAGCUGGCUUGCACUCUACUUCGGAAUACUGAUGUCGGCUCUUCAACAUAUGCCUACUGAGAAUCUGCAGCAGUUGUUUGGAGCGCCGUCAGCUCAGAACCUCCUCGAAAGCUACUUUGAGGCAUGUAUGACAUGUCUGCAACUGGCCGAUUGGAUGUCGAAUCAUAGUCUGUUUGCUGUGCAAUGCGUUGCCAUCAUCGUCUCUACGGCGAACCACCUGGGAAAGUCGGAUCUGUACUUUACGAUGUUAGGAGGUGCUAUCAGGGUCGCCCAAGCUCUCAACCUGAACCAUCUCGGACCUGAUCCUUACCCACAGUCUGGCGAUAACAAAGCCCAACGCUUGACACCAAAAGCCGUCAUCAAUCGAGAAGUCAAGAAGCGUACCUGGUGGCAGUUGGUGAUACAAGACUGGUUUCAUGCCGCUUUCAAUAGGUGCAAUGCGAUAUCCCAAAAUCAGUUUGAUACGCCGCCUCCGCUGCACUGCUUCGACUCGGAUUUGCAGACUUUCUCAAACGAUACGAAAACCCUUUCCAUCGAGGUUCCGACCAUCGACUCGCAUAUCAAGCAAUUACUUCGAAUUGCGAUCUGUCUUCACAAGCUGUAUCGCGAUUAUCCCUACCGCGGAAGUGUACCCUACUCAAGGAUAAUGGAGAUCGACGCGGCUAUGCAAGAGGCGAUGGACCAGGCACCUGGCUGGAUGAAAUUCAAUCCGGUCGACGGAAUGCCAAACCCCUUUCCGGAAGGAAUCACGCCUUCCCCGUGGAUACAUUGGCAACGAAUGAACUAUCUGUGUUCGGCUGCGCACAAGGUCAUCGUCCUUCAUCGACCUUAUCUCGGGAGGGCCUUCCGGGGCGACAGUCGUUACACCUACUCGCGGCAGACUUGCGUGGCCAACGCUCGAAGGAUCCUAACUUGGUUCACGAUUUUUAGUUUCGAACCUUUCCGCAAGACUUGGACGACAUUGGCACAUGCCGUGGCUGCCUCGAUCAUACUCUUACUGGAAAUCAUGCACGGUGCAGAUGCCAUCGACGCUUCUUCUCAAGACCUCUUGCAGCUAGUUCUGCAAGCGAUCGAGGUCUUCCGCACGGUCAAGCAUCAUUCGCACAUCGCCGACAAGGGUCUGGAGAUGCUCACCGCGCUGGUCGAGGGAUAUCGACGACGGAACGAGCCGAGGCUGCAAGACCCGCGCAUGAUGAGGACCACUUCGUUCAGCGAUCGAUCUCGUGCAGAGAUGGACAACGCGCUGCACGUACUGGGCAGCAGUCGGGAUGAAGCCUUACGUCGGAGAUGGUCCGCGUCGGACAAGUCUGUGAAAUCGCCUCAGAAGGAAUUGGUUACCCCGCCCGCCUUCAUACAACCCGUGGAACCGCUCAAGGCGACUCCCAUCGCGACGAAUACGGUUCACCGAGAAGAAGAGAACGGUCUUCCGCCUCUCCCCGCACCUCUUCAGUCGCCCUUCCAGUGGCUGGCGGCGGCACCCUUACCCAUCAGCCAAGGCAUGGACAUGACCGCCGAGAGCUUCGCAAUCCCGGAGUUCGGCGGUAUGGACGGAUUUUACGAUUGGGACAUUGGUCUAAGCUGGAUGGAUGACGAGAUUGUGCAACCGCAACUUCAGCAUAAUCAAGGCAUAUAGGAUCAAUCGGCGUGAAACUACGACCCCGGAUACGAAAUUUACGAGAACGAGAUAGGAUCGUUAGACAUGUCAUGUGAUGGUGUACGUUAUAGGUUAGGG